AUGCCAACCUCCAAGCCUCUGGAGGAUGAGUACUGGAUCGAGGGAUCCCGUAGGGAUGCGGUCCUUGAGGAUUUCUACGUCAUGGGCCCGGAACUCGGCAGGGGAGCCACAUCGGUGGUGUACAGUUGUGAGGAGAAAGGAACUAACGUCCAAUAUGCCGCCAAAAUAUUGAAGAAAACGAUCGACAAGAAAAUCGUCAGGACCGAAAUCGGCGUGCUGCUGAGGCUGUCGCAUCCGAAUAUUAUCAAACUCAAAGAGAUAUUUGAGACUACCUCGCAGAUCACCCUCAUCCUUGAGCUGGUGACAGGUGGCGAGCUGUUUGACAGGAUCGUUGAACGGGGUUUCUACAGCGAGAAAGACGCAGCUCACGUGGUGAAGCAGAUCCUGGAAGCUGUUUCCUAUUUGCAUGCAAAUGGCGUGGUCCACCGUGACCUGAAACCAGAGAAUCUCCUCUACGCAGAUCUCUCUCCGGAUGCUCCUCUCAAAAUUGGCGAUUUUGGAUUGUCCAAGAUUGUGGAUGAGCAGGACACGAUGAAGACAGUGUGUGGCACCCCCGGAUACUGUGCACCUGAGAUUCUCCACGGUUCUCCCUACGGCCCAGAAGUGGACAUGUGGUCUGUCGGUGUCAUCACAUAUAUCUUGCUUUGCGGCUUCGAGCCUUUCUUUGACCCAAGAGGAGACCAAUAUAUGUACAGCAGGAUCCUAAACUGUGACUACGAGUUUGUCUCUCCGUGGUGGGAUGAAGUGUCUCUCAACGCCAAGGAUUUGGUUCAGAAACUGAUCGUUCUGGACCCCCAGAAGAGGCUCACGGUGCAACAGGCUCUGGAGCACCCUUGGGUGAUGGGCAAAGCCGCCAAGUUCGCCCACAUGGACAGCACGCAGAAGAAGCUGCAGGAGUUCAACGCGAGGCGCAAGCUGAAGGCUGCGAUGAAAGCCGUGGUAGCAUCUAGCCGGCUUGGCAAUCACAGCCACCAUGACAGCUCUAGGAACGGACGGCACCGAGACACCCCCAAGGAACCGGGGCUCGUCCAAGGAGCAAAGGGCACCCUCCUCCUCGAGGACAACGCUUACAAGAAGACGCCCUCCAGGACCAGCGGGGCAGCAGAUCCUACUCCAGCUGCCUCAGAGAAGCUCAAUGAGAGCCACUGUGCCACGGCCGCGGCACUCAACGGCUUGAGCGGCAAAAGUUAG